GCGCUUCGAUCCGGGUCCUCGGGUUACUUUCUGGCGAUUCGUCGCCAUUGUUGUACGGAGUCGGAGAGGUGCUGGAAACGGCAGGCUCGGCCUUAGCCUUACAAGCCAAAGCCCCCUUUAGGAGCGCGGGGUGGGGGCCAAGCGGAAGAGCUGGACCCUGCAACUCGUUUGAAAGGGCUUGUUUCGAGCCGACUUCGUCCCCCACCCCCCACUCUCUCCGCUCCUUCCUCUCCUCGAUCCGCUCCUUCUUUAUUUUCGCCAUCUUUAGGUUGGUCACGAUGCAGAGGUCGCCAUGAUGAAGAUUAAAGUUAGGCCUAGUUACGCGAUGCCCUGUGGAAAAUUGGUUGGCACAACCAGCCACGUCGUUCCCACUGAGCUGCUGGAAGCUGAUGCUGGAAGAUCCAGACAUGGAAAAGAAGUCUGCACGUUCCGCUUCGGCAGGACCCACCAAGGCGCCACCCCCCGACAGUAAAACCAAGCAAGAUGGUAAAGGUGGAACUGGAUCAAGACGCUACAACAGGAAACGAGAUGCAACUUUUCCCAAAAACGAAAAUGUAUCUAACCAGACUCGCCGCACCAAUCCACAGAAAAGCAAAGCUUUUGACAAGAGACCCCCUGCACGUGGCGGCAACAAAUCCUUUAGCACUUUUGGUAAUGGUGGUAGACGGGAAGAGGUAGCAGAGGUGCAGAGGGCAGAGUUCAGUCCUGCCCAGUUUACUGGUCCUAAGAAGAUAAGCCUAAACCACUUGUUAAACUUUACAUUUGAACCUCGUGGACAGUCAGGCUCACAUUAUGAUGGCAAUUGCCAUGGAGGCUGGGGAAGAAGAAACAAAUGGGGACAUAAACAUAAGCCAUUCAACAAGGAGCAGUUUUUGCAGGCCAACUGUCAGUUUGUAGUCUCUGAAGAACAGGACUACAGUGUUCACUUUGCUGACCCAGAUAUGUUGGUGAACUGGGACUUUGUACAGCAGGUGCGCAUUUGUAGCCAUGAAGUUCCUUCGUGCCCAAUCUGCUUGUACCCUCCCUCUGCUGCAAAGAUAACUCGCUGUGGACACAUCUACUGUUGGGCUUGUAUUCUCCACUAUCUCUCUCUGAGCGAGAAAACUUGGGGUAAAUGCCCAAUCUGUUAUGAGGCUGUACAUAAAAAAGACCUCAAGAGUGUUGUUGCUAUGGAGACUCAUCAAUACAGUGUGGAGGAUACAAUUACCAUGCAGCUGAUGCGUAGGGAGAAGGGUGUCCUGAUGGCUUUGCCCAAAUCCAUGUGGACGAAAGUUGAACCAAUUUACUUGGGAGUAGAUGAAGAAUACAGCCGAUAUUCAAAGCUGCUUCUGGCUACAACACAGCAGGUUUUGCAACAUGUAAUAGACAAAGAGCGAACAGCUUUGUUGAGACAGUAUGAAGAGGAGAAAAGUACACCUGAAUCCUGCUUCAUUGAAGCAGCAUUGCAGGAGCUCAAGAGUCGAGAGCAAGAGUUGUUAGGCUCUUGUGCUCCAGAGAAGGAAGUUCUUGGUACAAUGUUUAAACUUGAGGAAUUGACCAUUGCUGAUUCAACCAUGGCUGCAGAGAAUGAAAAAAAUACCACCAUUUGCUGCAAGAACCAACAUGUAUUGGCAUAUUCAUCUGCAUUUGAUGAAAUUAUCGAUGAAUCUCAAGAGGAAGCUAUUGCUGCACAAUGCACUGUGUUGGAUGAGUCAGUCACUGUUCCUGAAUCAGUCAGCAGUUACAAAAUAGCAGAAGGAGCUUGUGGUGGAAUUCUUUCUGGAGAAGCUGAAAGUGGGCCUUCAAUUGAGGCUACUAGACCAAGCUCAGAAACAACCUACUACUACUACUACCAAGCGGAGGAUGGACAAUAUAUGUUUCUGAGCCCAGUUAAUGUGCGAUGCCUAGUGAGGGAGUAUGGUGGUCUGGAGAACUGUCCUGAGAAGAUCACUGCGGCAGUGAUAGAGAUAGUUGGGCAUUCAAUGACUGAGGAUGUACGGCGCAGACACCGCUAUUUGUGCCAUCUACCUCUUACCUGCGAGUUUGGUAUUUGUGAGCUGGCUCUGAAGCCACCUGUGAUCUCUAAGGAAACUUUGGAUGCAUUUUCAGAUGAUCUGAACAGAAGGAGAUGUCUUCGCUUAAAAAAAGCUCGAGAUGAACGUCGAAGAGAGCGUAGGAUUGAAAUGGAAGAAAAUAAAAAGCAAGGCAAAUAUCCAGAAGUUCACAUUGCCCUGGAAAACUUCCAGCAAUUCCCAGCAUGUGGCUCUUCUCCAGAAGCUGCACCCUUUAUCGUUUCCCCUGAUGCUGACCCUCUUCCUUCGAGUUGUCUUUCAGUCAAUACUACCCUUAUCAGCAGCCCCAAUUCUUUGGCAGAAUCAACAUUGAAUCAAUCCGCUCUUGCUUUUAGACCAGGGAGUCCUUCUCAGUGUGCAGGCAGCUUGGAAGAUGAUGCACACUUUCCUUCAUUUGCUCAGAUGCUGAAGGAUGGGAAGGCGAAAGCAGAAGUGUGGCCCAAAGUAACUCCAAGAAAAGCAGAAACCGUUUUGAUGCCCCCACCUGCAGCAGAUAGUGAUGGAGAGAGUGACAUCUCAGACCGUGUACCUGUACCCAGCUUUCAAAAUUCCUUUAGUCAGGCUAUGGAGGCAGCAUUCCUCAAGCUUGAUAAAGUUUCAGUCCCAGACCUCUGUGCAGAAGAGAAGAAUGGAAAAAAGAAGAAGAAAAAGCAGAAGCUUCUCUUCAGUACUUCAGUAGUUCACACAAAGUAAUUUAGGCAGUCAUUGCCCAUUUCAGCACCACAGGCAGCCAUUGCCUGUAUUUGCAUUCACUGGUCUGUGCAAAAAUAUUUUUUUUGCUGCUAUAGUUUUAAGAAUUUUUGGUUGCAUUUCAAGCCCAUAAGAUAGCGAAGGCAAUUGUUUUGAGUGGUUUGUAAAUGAAAGUUUGCCUCUUGUUUAUGAUGUAUACAAAUUUAUUACAGCUUUGUGGUUAAACACCAUAACCAAUUCAUAUGGCUUGUGGCCUGGUAUAUUUUUUAAAUAAGGGAAAUUCCAGUAGAAACUUCAGCUUCUGCCACUGUGUAGAAGUUCACAGGGGAAUAAAAUUUUGUUUUGGUCACCCUCUACCCUGGAAGCAGCUAUUUUGUAAAUAAACUGGCACAUGAUUUUCUUUUAGCUAAGUCACUAAGUUAGUCAAAUGGUGUUUCAUCCAUUCUCCUGUUUUCUCCCUUGGACCAACAUCACUGAAGAUUUGCAAAAUAUUCUUCCCCUCUGCACAGAAAAGAACAUGGGUUUAUUCAUGUUGAGCAUAUUGAAUUGGCCUGCCUGUAAUUAAAAUCAUACCCAUCCUCCUCCAUACCCCAACCAUAUCAGGUGUUACCCUGUUAGUGGCAAAAUAUAAAUUAAAAAUGGCUGGAGUUUCCCUUUUUUGAAGAUUUUAAUUUGAAAAGUAUCCUCUUAAGGAAGUGAAUGUAAAGAAUCUAAUGAAGUGUUCAGUUUAGCUUUGUUAUUUCUACCCUUUUCUUUAAUGCAACAGCAGAGUAAUAGAUGCAAUUAAAAAAAAUCUUGUGUUGA